GACACUCACACUAGUUUCCCACGUUUCAUUGUUCUUCGUCUAACAUUGGUUAACAAAUAGAAACAUGGGUCUUUGUUUCGCAUCCCUCAACAUCCUUCACACUUCAGGGAGCAAUGAGAGAGCUAAGAAAGAUUCAUCAUCAUCAUGUAAUAAGAGUAAAGUUUGGGAGAUGGGAAAUAGUGAAAGUGGAAAACUUCUAGAACUAUCAAACUUGAAGGUGUUUAGCUAUGGAGAUUUGAAAAUAGCAACAAAGAGUUUCAAAUCAGAUGCUUUGCUUGGGGAAGGUGGUUUUGGAAAAGUGUAUAAAGGUUGGUUAAACGCUGAAACACUCGCUCCUGUCAAAGCUGGUUCAGGAAUGAUGGUGGCUAUCAAGAAAAUGAAACCUGAUAGUUUGCAAGGUGUUCAAGAAUGGCAGUCAGAAAUCAACUUUUUAGGAAGCAUUUCUCAUCCCAACUUGGUCAAGCUUCUUGGUUAUUGUAGCGAGAAUGAUGAACUUCUCUUGGUGUAUGAGUUUAUGCCAAGGGGAAGCUUGGAAAGCCAUCUAUUUAGAAGAAAUACCAACAGAGAGCAACUUUCUUGGAAAACUCGACUCGAAAUAGCUAUUGAUGCAGCUAGAGGUUUGGCUUUCUUGCACUCUUCAGAAAAGCAAGUCAUAUAUAGAGAUUUCAAGGCUUCUAAUAUACUUCUUGAUGGGAAUUACAAUGCAAAGAUUUCAGAUUUUGGGUUGGCUAAAUUUGGGCCAUCAGAGGGAGAUUCACAUGUGACUACUAGGAUCAUGGGCACAUUUGGUUAUGUUGCCCCGGAAUACAUUGCAUCAGGUCAUUUGUAUGUGAAGAGUGAUGUUUAUGGAUUUGGUGUAGUGCUACUUGAAAUGCUGACAGGUUUGCAAGUACUUGACACAGAAAGGCCUACGGGGAAACAAAAUCUGGUUGAAUGGAUUAAGCCUUCUCUAACAGAUGAAAGAAUGUUGAAAAGUAGCAUAAUGGAUUGUAGGUUAGAGGGUCAGUACUCACCAAAGGCAGCAUUAGAAACAGCUAAGAUUAUUCUUAAAUGCCUUGAAUCUGACCCUAAGAAACGUCCUUCUAUGAAUGAUAUUUUGGAGAAAUUGGAAAGUAUAAAAGCUAUGAAGGAUGGAAGGAAGAUUAUUCUCUGAAUGCUUCAUCACUACGUGGUCAUUACAAUUUUGCUUUACGAACUGUGUCCCUCAAACGCACAAAAGCAUGGGUGUGGUGAUGGUCAUACGUAUUAUUAAUAGGUGAUGGCCAUCAUAGAGAAAAAAAUUGUUUAUAUUUUAGUAUGACAUAAAAUAUUUGAUCUACUUUGUUUAUAUCUAUUAAGAGUUAUGUUAUAUUGUAAUAUUAUAUUAUUAGGAUUUAAUAUUAAGCAUAUAAAUUUGGCCCAUUUAUCUUUUUUUA